GGGCUUGGACGCGCACAUCGAGUCGAUGGAAGAUGAAACUGCGGGGACCGGCUUAGCUGUUGCCAUCAUCACGUUCGCUACGCUGGCUAGUACUGGUAACGUCAUGACGUAUGUUUGUAUCCAGACGCGAGUACUUGAGCUGUCUCAACGCGAGCCUUUGGGGAUGCGAGGAGCCAUCACUGGAUCGUAUUUGAUCUUCCGAAGUGUCGUGUACAUCUUCACGGACGCCAUUGCGUACACUUUUGCAAGCAACUCGACGCAUCACUGCACGUCACUGCUCGUGUUUGGCAUUGUGGUCGCUUUGUCGAUCCCUCUGGUCUGGAAGGCUUGGCAGGAGAAGUACUACUCCCUCUCGACGCCCAUGAAGACGCGUGGUCAGAUUCUCUGGAGGAUCAUGCAGCAGAAGGCCGUGUGGAGUAUUUUGAUGUUCAUGUGCUUCUUCACACUCUUCUGUAGCAUCACGUUCAGCGGUCCUUCAGUGAUCAUCAGCGUCUGGGCCGGUGCCAGUGGUGACAACACGUUCGUGCAGCAACUCAUGUAUUAUGGUGCGAUGUUGCUUACGAUUGUGGCGUGGCGGCACUACUUCAUGAAUCGACCAUGGCGAACAUUCUACGGCACGGCUAUCGUUCUACUCAUCGUCCCCCAGCUGAUCCUCUCGAUCUUGGUUACUCAAGAUAUUCUACGAGAUCGAUACUUCUACCGCUUCAUGACGCUGUUCUCUAGUGUUUCAGCCGGUAUCGGCUGGCUGUCCAGCUUGAUUCCUCUGACGGAGAUCAUCCAAGAAGGCUCGGAGGGUGCCAUGGCUGGACUGAUGCUGUCAAUGUACUUCUUGGUUUCAGCCUUCGUACAGACCAACGCAGAGGGGCUUUUCAAUGGCACCAACUUCUACAACAUUGCUGAGGUGGCGCUGGACACCCCUGAAGCACGAUCGGACGUCCUCAAGGCGCUGAUUCUUAAUUACGGAAUCAACGCGCUGGGGUUCAUUGGGCUGUACUUCCUGCCGAGGCAGAAGCUCGAUACUCAACAAUUGCGCAGCUACGGAGGCUACACCAAGUGUGCAAGCGCUGCGAUCGUCACGUUUGCUGUGGGGAUGUUCCUGUAUUCGCUGACUAUUACUGUUCUCACGCUCAACCCUUCAACGUCCUGCCUGAGUAUCGCUGGAGGUGAUGGAUGCUAGAUUCUACUUCCCUGUAGCAAUUUUACUUGUAAUUCAGAUAUUUCCUAGGUGCUGUUGAUCAAUCGAAGAC